AUGCCAGUGGGUCAUUCAAAGCGAGAAUCAUCGUCGGACCUCAAUGAGAGAGUGCACAAGCGGCUGCGUCUGAAUUGUCAGUUACCGGAAAGCCCGGUAGAGAUGUCGGGCUGCAGGUUGAAGACCCCAGAGCCAAAAUCAAGAACUCCCUCUAAAGGCCCGUUGACAAUGUAUCGCACCAUCCAACAGAAACAUGGAUCACAUGCUGCCCUUUUCUAUUACCGACGUCUCCCUUCACCAACCCACACCCAAUAUCCGCAACUUCAUUGUGCUUAUGGUCGCUCAUCAGCUGCAAUCCUUCUUUCACCAUCCGACGGCCUGUCCCAACACAAUUCUAAGCCAAAUGUCUGGAAAUGGUGGGAGGAGCGACUGCCAAGAAGCCCAGCUGAAUCUCCGUCGGGGUGCCGAGCGAGACUCCUGUGCAAACCAAAUUCAGGAUCUACCACUAGCUUAGCCGGACAACAACCGUUCCACGGCUCCUUUGUGCAGGGGCUCAAGCUAGAAUUGAAACAAGAACGGGAGCAUGUAGACAAGUUGCAAAGCCGUGUGGAGGAACUGGAGAGCCAUGUAGAUGAAAUGGGCUGUCGUCUUGAAGACCUAGAGAGCCGUUGGGAUGACAUCGACUGGCGUCUCGAAGACCUGGGAAGCCGCUGGGAUGAGAUGUAA